CUCGUCAGGAUCCAUCUUUGUCUGCGUGGACGCGUUGAGGAUCUACUUCUCGUCCUUUCUGUCGGCUGCCUUCUUCGUGAACCCAGGCGCAUUCGCUCUUCUGCCGCCCUCCUUUUCGUCUGCUCUCCCGGAGCAUUUCUGCUCCGCGCCGCAGGGCCGCUUCUCAGCGACUCGCGUGCAGGUGCCUCCUGCAGUUCCUCGUCCUUCGACACCGCUGUGUGUCUUUUCUCGCCGUCACGUCCCUCCCCUCCACUCUACUCCAGUUGAGCCAACAUGGCGGAGGAGUUUGAGCGCUUUAAGCGCUUCGAGUACAGGCAGAACAGCAACCUGGUUCUGCAGAGAGACACUUCGACGGGGGUGGCUCCUGCUGUCCACCUCGGGGAACCGACGGGAGAGCCUGAGUCUCUGGCUGGGCGCAAGCUGUACCCCAUGGGCGACAAAGUCGAGCGCGGACUGAAGAAAGAAGAUCGCCCGGUGAAAAACGACUCGAAGCGCGCAAAACUCAAGAGAAAUAAACUGGACUUGAAGCGCGGCGCGACAGUGCUGGAUGCAGACGUGACUGAGAUCUUCUUCUAUAAGCCGACGACUCAGCAGACGCGUCUGGUGUAUGAACAGCUGCUCGUGACGCUGCAGCAGCAGCUGGGCGACCAGCCUGACGAAGUCCUGAAGGGUGCUGCAGACGAGGUGCUUGCGGCGUUGAAAGCAGACGGAUGCCGAGAAAGCGAGAAGAAGAAAAAUGUCGAGCAAGUCCUCGGUCCCGUCAAUUCAGACGUCUUCACCCGACUCCACCAACUCGCCAAGAACAUCACAGACUACUCUCUCGGCGGCGAGGAAGAGGACGGCGCACAGGCUGGAGGGCUGGACGGCUCGACCGGUGUGGCGGUGGUGUUCGACGAAGAGGAGGAAGAGGACGCAAACGAGCUGAUGGAGGCGGAGGUGCUGCCGGGAGAGGAGGAGGAGGAAGACGAGGAAGAGGAAGAGGACGCAGACCGGACGUACCUGGCGGCGAAGGCGGUCGACGAAGAGGAGCUUGCAGACCGCGACGCGUACGAGCUGGACAUUUCGAAGAUCGAUCCGCACUGGCUGCAGCGGGAGUUGAACGGCGUAUUCAAGGAUCCGAACAAGGCUGUGGCGACAGAGAAGGAGAUUCUGUCGAUUCUCCCGACGCCCGACAUCCAAAAGUGCGAGAACCAGUUGGUCGUGAUUCUUAAGUACGAGAAUUUUGAGCUCGCCAAGCGGAUUCUGAAGAAUCGGUGGAAGAUCUUUUUCGCGGUGCGUCUCGGUCAGGCGCAAAGUCCGGAGGAGAAGAACGCGAUCUUCGAGGAAAUGCGGAGUUCCCCCGAGGGCCAGGAAGUUCUCGAGCUUCUCGACGCACUCUCGUCGCGCCGCAACAAGGAGAAGGAGAUCGCCAUCAAUGUGCGCAAGGAGGCCGCGUCCUUGGCUGCGAAGGCGCAGGCGCGCGCCGCCUCGCUCAGAGCCGCCGAGUUCGCGGAAGACGACGCAGGAGGCGGCGCAGGACUGCAUGCGUCACAUGCCUCCUCCGCGUUUCCGAAGAAGACUGGGAACGCUCGAGACGCGGAGACGAAGAACGAGGGCGGAGGCGCGGAGGCCCCGCAGGCGAGCCGCGGAGCGAAGAAGCCGACCGCGGCAGUCGACUUGGCGGCAGUCGCCUUCCACCAGGGUGGGCACUUCAUGUCGAACUCGCGCGUAAAGCUGCCCGACGGCGCGCGGCGCAUCGAGACGAAGAACUACGACGAGGUCGUCGUGCAGGCGUUCAAGAAGCCGCAGGAGACUGCGGACGCAAGGCAGCCGAUCUCUGCGCUCCCGGAGUGGGCGCAGCCCGCGUUUUCCUGUGUGAAUAUCGAGACGCUGAAUCCGAUGCAAAGCAAGGUCUUCCGAGUUGCGUUUGAGGAGUUUCACGAGAACUUGCUGCUCUGCGCGCCGACCGGCGCAGGAAAGACGAACGUCGCGAUGCUCGCGAUUCUCAACGUGAUCGGACGCCACCGGAACGCGAAGACCGGUGCGGUCGACUUGGCCAGCUUCAAGGUGGUGUACAUCUCCCCAAUGAAGGCGCUGGUCGCCGAGCAAGUCCAGGCGUUUUCGCAGCGCCUGCAACCCUACGGCGUGAGUGUGCGCGAGUUGACGGGAGACGUCAACUUGACUCGGCAGCAGAUCGAGGAGACGCAGGUCAUCGUCACCACUCCAGAGAAAUGGGAUAUCAUCACGCGGAAGGCGGGCGAGCGCGCCUACACGCAGCUCGUGCGGCUGGUCAUCAUCGACGAAAUCCACCUGCUCCACGACGCGCGAGGCCCGGUCCUCGAGUCGAUCAUCGCGCGAACGAUUAGGCAAAUCGAAACUGCCCAGGAACAUAUUCGCUUGGUCGGCUUGAGCGCCACUCUCCCCAACUACGAUGACGUCGCCGUCUGUCUCCGCGUCGCACCUGAGAAAGGACUCUUCUUCUUCGGCAACCACUACCGACCCGUGCCGCUGAAGCAAACGUACAUCGGGAUCAAAGAUAAAAAGGCAAUCAAGCGCUACAACACCAUGAAUGAGGUCACUUACGAAAAGCUGAUGGAGAGCGCCGGGAAGUCGCAAGUUUUGAUUUUCGUACACUCGCGGAAGGAGACGGUCAAGACCGCGCGCUUCAUCCGCGACAUGGCGAUGCAGCGAGACACACUUCCGCGCUUUCUCCAGCAUAUGACGGCCAGCCGAGAGAUUCUGCAGUCCGAGGCCGAGGCGGUGAAGACGGGCGAUCUGAAGGAGCUGCUGCCGUACGGCUUCGCAGUCCACCACGCAGGCCUUCCGCGGACGGACCGCAAGCUCGUUGAAGAUCUUUUUGCCGACCGUCACAUCCAAGUGCUCGUCUCCACAGCCACCCUUGCGUGGGGAGUCAACCUCCCUGCGCACACUGUCAUCAUCAAAGGCACCCAGGUCUACUUGCCCGAGAAAGGCGCCUGGGCGGAGCUGAGCCCCAUGGACGUUCUUCAGAUGAUGGGCCGCGCUGGACGCCCUCAGUACGACACCUCCGGUCACGCGAUCCUCAUCACGCAGCACAGCGAACUGCAGUACUACCUGUCUCUGAACAACCAGCAACUCCCCAUCGAAAGUCAAAUGCUUUCCUGCCUGCCCGACAUGCUCAACGCGGAAGUCGUCCUCGGUUCGGUGCGCAGCCGAGAGGACGCUGUGAACUGGCUAGGGUACACCUACCUGUAUGUGCGGAUGCUGAAGAAUCCGUCCUUGUAUGGAGUGCCGCCUGAAGACGCAGAACGCGACAAGCUGCUCGAGCAGCACUGUGUGAACUUGGUAGACAGCGCGUUGAAGAUCCUCGACAAGAACUUUCUGAUUAAGUACGACCGACGCAUGGGGGCGAUCCAGGUGACAGCCUUGGGCAGGGUCGCGAGCCACUACUACAUCAAGUAUCCGACGAUUGCGGUGUACAAUCAGCAUAUGAAGCCUACGUUGUCGGACAUCGAGCUGCUGCGACUUUUCUCGCUCUCCUCCGAGUUCAAGUACAUGCCUGUGCGCGAGGAAGAAAAGGUCGAGCUGCAGCGCCUCAUGGAACGAGUGCCCAUCCCCGUGAAAGGCUCUCCGGACGAGACGAGCUCGAAGGUCAACGUCCUGCUGCAGGCGUACAUCAGCAAACUGAAGCUCGAAGGCCUCGCCAUGAUGGCCGACAUGGUCUACGUCCAGCAAAGUGCGAACCGCAUCAUGCGCGCCAUCUUCGAAAUCUGUCUCCGACGAGGAUGGGCCAUGCUCGCCCUGCGCGCGCUCCGCUUCUGCAAAGAAAUCGACCGGAGAAUGUGGAGCAGCAUGACGCCUCUCCGACAGUUCAAGGUCUUGCCGGAGGAACUGCUGCGGAAGAUCGAGAAGAAGGACUUGCCCUUCGAGCGGUACUACGACCUCUCGUCGACGGAGAUUGGAGAGCUCGUUCGCGUACCGAAGAUGGGCAAGCUGCUGCACAGACUCAUUCACCAGUUUCCGAAGCUGGAACUCGCCGCCUUCGUCCAGCCGCUCACGCGAACCUGCCUCGUCGUUGAGCUGACAAUCACUCCCGACUUCCAGUGGGAGGCGAAAGUCCAUGGCAGCGGCGAAGUUUUCUGGGUGCUCGUCGAGGACGUCGAUGGCGAACAGAUUCUCCACCACGAGAUGUUCAUCAUGCCGCCGUUCACUGGAGAGGUUGAGCACACGCUGUGCUUCACGCUUCCAAUUACGGAUCCUCUUCCGCCGAAUUAUUCGAUCCGAGUCGUGUCAGACAGGUGGCUGCUCUCGGAGUCUUCUCUCCCCAUUUCGUUCAAAAGCCUUAUUCUCCCGGAAAGAACUCCUCCCCACACAGAGCUCCUUGAUCUCCAGCCUCUGCCGAUCACGGCGCUUAGAGAUGCGAAGAUGGAGCAAGUUUACUCAGGAAGUUUCAAGGCUUUCAACCCCAUUCAAACUCAGGUCUUUUCGACGCUGUUCGCGACGAACGAGAACGUGUUGCUCUGUUUGCCGCCAACAAGUGGAAAGGAGAUUUGCUUGGAGUUCGCUCUUCUCCGGAUGGUCAAGACGGAACCUGCGAGCCAGUGGAAGGCCGUCUACAUCGCGCCACACCCGCUGGUGGUGAAGGAGAGACUGGAAGACUGGGUGACCAAGUUGGGACGCGGCUUGGGUUUGAAGCUCGCAGAACUCACCGGCGAGAUGCAGCACGACAUGAAAUUGGUGGAGCAGUCGCAGCUCAUUCUGGCGACUCCGGAGAACUGGGACUUUGUCUCUCGGCGCUGGAAGACACGAAAGGCUCUGCAGUCGAUUCGCCUGCUUCUCGUCGACGACUUGCACUUGCUGAACUCGUCUGUGGGGUCCACGCUCGAAAUCUGUCUCUCCAGAACGCGCUACAUCUCUGCUCAACUCCAGCGUCCGAUUCGCAUUGUCGCCAUGGCAAAUUCCCUCGCAAACGCGAAAGAUGUCGGAGACUGGCUCGGCGUCAGCAGCAGUGGUCUGUUCAACUUCCACCCCAGUGUACGAACAGUUCCCUUGGAGAUUUCGCUUCACGGCUUCGACGUCUACCACCGAGAAGCGCGGCUGCUGGCGAUGAGCAAGGCAGUCUACCAAGCUGUGAAGCUGUACACUCGCGACGACGACCGGUCCACGUUGAAAAAACUCAAGAACGUCAUCGUCUUCUGUUCUGACAGACGACACUGCAGACUCACCGCCAUCGACCUUCUCCUCCAAGCCGCUGCGGACGACGACCCGAAAAAGUUCCUGCAUGUCUCCGAUGAAGUCAUGCGCAAAUACACCUCCGUGGUGCGCGACAAAAUGCUGAGCGAGACGCUUGCGUACGGCGUUGGGCUGCUUCACUCGGGCCUCUCUGCGGCGGAGCAACAGCUUGUGCAGCAACUGCAUGCAGCAGGAGCGAUUCAAGUUGUCGUCGUCGCGGAAGAGUGUGCUUGGGGUCUGCAGAUGUACGCCCAUCUUGUCGUCAUCGUCGACACAAAAAAAUUCACUGAAAACGGGUACGAAGACUACACGGUGGCAGAUGUGCUGCAGAUGCUCGGACAUGCGACGCGGCCGUCGAUCGACAAGCAUGGCUUCGCAGUUCUCUUCUGCCCGUCGUCGAAGCGGGAGUUCUACAAGAAGUUCGUUUUCGAACCUCUCCCGGUGGAGUCGCAGCUCGAACAAAACCUCGUCGAUCACAUCAACGCAGAAGUCGUCUUGAAAACCAUUGAAAACAAGCAAGAUGCGGUCGACUGGCUUACGUGGACGUUCCUCUACCGCCGCCUCGCGAAGAACCCAAACUACUACGGUCUGCAGGGCGUCAGCCACCAGCACCUCAGCGACUACCUCUCCGAGCUGGUCGAGUCGAGUGUACAUACACUCGAACAGGCGCAGUGCGUCUCUGAGCAGAACGAAGUCGAUCUCCAGCCGCUCAACUUGGGUCUCGUUGCCGCGUUCUACUAUGUCAAAGUCAACACGAUCGAACUUUUCAAUCGUUCGCUGACGCCCACAUGCAAGCGUCGAGCGUUGCUGGAGAUUCUGGCCGCUUCUUCUGAGUUCAGCACCCUGCCCCUGCGACCUGGAGAGGAAGGAACUCUGAAAGGUCUCGCACAACGCCUCGGCGUCCGGCUGCCCGCCAACUCUGAAGAUCUCAAUAAGCCAAGCACAAAGGCCCUCAUUCUCCUCUACGCACACUUCAACCGGACGCCGCUGCCGAGCGACUUGAUUGCAGACCAGAAGGUUUUGCUGGAGCCUUCGAUUCGGCUGCUGCAUGCACUCGUGGAUGUGAUCUCCUCGAACGGCUGGCUGGUCCCUGCGCUGUCGGCCAUGGAAAUCUGCCAAGCCGUCGUUCAGGCGAUGACCACCGCGGCACUCGGAGGCGGCAACGCCACCCAGUGCAGUGCGCUCAAGCAACUGCCUCACUUCACAGAUGAACUCGUGGAACAAGCCAAAGAGAUGGGCGUCGAUGACAUUUUCGACUUGAUGAACAUGGACGAGAAGGAAAGAGAGAAACUCCUGAAGCCUCUUACUCCGUCGCAACUCAAGGACGUUGCCAAAGCGAGCAACAGAUAUCCUGUUGUCAACGUGGAGUUCCAAGUUUCGAAGAAGGACGACGUGCUACCGAACGAGAAUCUGCAGUGUACAGUCACUCUAGAACGAGACUGCGCGGAGGAGACGUCCGGUGCCGUAUACGCGCCGUACUUCCCGCGAGAGAAGGAAGAGCAGUGGUGGCUGGUCGUUGGAAGAGCUUCCUCGAAUUCUCUCGCUGCAAUCAAGCGCCUUUCGCUAAAUAAGCCGACGACCACAGUCACGCUCUCCUUCGAGGCUCCGGAGACAGACGGGAAGCAUUCCUACGUGCUCUACCUCAUGGGCGACUCCUACGUCGGUGGAGACCAAGAAUACAAAUUCGACGUUCGCGUGCGGUCCUGAGGAACCGGCAAACGGAGGAAAGAGAAAACGUCUGAAGAUCUACAUACCGAGUCGCGCAAGUCGACAGACAGUGUUGGUUGCCACCGUCGAACGAGAGCUGCGGUCGGGGGGAAGGUCCAUCUCGUAUCUGGAGUCCUCUUCAGUAGUGGAGGCACUCGAGAGUGCGUCUGUGCUUGCGCUCGAGUUUUCGUCUGGGGGAGGCUGCGCGAAGAGGUCAAGCGUUCGCCGCGUCGGUGCCCUGGCCGGCGUCCACACUGCAAGUCGCACUGCCUGGUAUUUAGAAGUCAACAGCGCGAGACGCAUUGAAAAACGUUUUCAUCCCAAGAAGUUGCGAUUUGUCUCGGACGCGACGCGAGGAGGGCGGUGGGCGAGACAGUAACUUUUUUUCGCAUUCUUUCGUCGUUGAGAGAAAUCGCCCCGCUUCCUGACAGGUGAUUCUCUCUUUUUUGUCGCACCUUCGUGGAACAGGAGGGACGACGGCAGCAACUUUGCUUUAUGCAGAAGCGGGAGGGGAAGCGAACGAUCGAGACACCGAGUGGAAUAGUUCUUAGUGCUAGACCGCAGUCGAAGCAACUUUGCUUCGCCGGUUGUCAGCAACUGUCGCUUUGCUCAUUUUACUACCGAUGAUCGUGAAGAGGACUUCAGUCGUACAGGACACAGAACGCCGACUUUUCCACUGGGUUGCACGCGCACUGCAACUCGGCCCCGUGCAGUUUCGGCACCGGCCAGGGCGGCGCUGUGGUGUAGAGGAUCAAACGAAAUGGUGCUGCUCUGGAUGGAUAAUGCAAUUCUGCAAUUAUCGUACACGGCCUCGGCUUCUGGCAUGGUCUUCGAUAUUAUAUCAGAGGCUAAGACGUCACUGUAUUUGCAAAGCAGAAGCGUGAAGAAAACCACAUUCCGAAUCAAUCCAGC